AUGAACCUGACAGAGUUUAACCAGUCUGACCUCUGUGUGCAUUUCUCCUGUCCAGAGAGAGGUGAAUCUCCUGCAGUUUAUGUCUUACUUUACACAUGUUCAGCUGCUGUGGUUCUGCUAACAGUGUGUGGAAAUCUGCUGGUAAUUAUCUCAGUUUUUCACUUCAAACAGCUUCAUACACCAGCAAAUGCACUUGUGCUCUCUCUGGCUGUGUCAGACUUCUUUAUUGGUGCAUUUGUGAUGCUGCCGAUGUUUAUCUGGACUAUUGAGUCAUGCUGGAUUUUUGGGAGAGAUUUAUGCUUAAUGUUUUGGUUAAUUAAUGGUUUCUUGACCAUCUCAGCUACUUAUACCAUUGUUCUUAUAGCUAUCGAUCGAUAUUUGGUUCUCUCAAAUCCCUUUCUCUACAUAAGCAAAAUCUCUAGGAGGAAUAUGUGCAAGGUUAUUUAUUCUAACUUACUUGUGUGUCUGGCGUAUAUCAUAGCAUUCUAUUAUUUCAAUGGAAUAUUUACAGGUUAUUUGAUCUGCCCGGGAGAAUGCUCUUUCGCUCUGAGUCAGGUUUGGUUUGUAAUGGAUCUUAUAUAUACAUUUAUAUUUCCACUUUCUGUUAUAAUCAUAUUCUACACUCUGGUUUUUGUGAUUGCUAAGAAACAUGCCACUGCUAUCAGAGAGCUUAAUAAUCACACACGACCUAAAACACAGAAAAUCACCUCACACUCGAUGAAAUCUGAGCGAAAAGCAGCUAAAGUCCUCGGCAUUUUAGUUUCUGUGUUUCUGGUGUCUUUACUUCCAUAUUAUAUAUACAGUAUAUUAGGUGAUGUAGUUGAACUACAGGCAGAAACUAUUCAUAAAGUUCUCAUUUUAGCAUAUCUCAAUUCCACAAUUAAUCCAUUUAUUUAUGCUGUGUUUUACCCAUGGUUUAGGAAAUGUAUUAAAUUAAUUAUCACAUUUCAGAUAUUUCAGACAGACUCUGCAUUAAUCAGUGUUUUUUCAUGA